GAUGCGCGUGCGCAGAUCGGCUGGGUCGGGCCCAGGCGCCUCGGGUACCGCUGCGCAUGCUCGCCGCCCACUGACAGCCGUGCACCUGCUUCCAGCAUCCGAGGUCCAGCCUAGCAUCUUCCCUGAGCAUCCCGCGCCCAGCCAUGACAGCGCACUCCUUUGCCCUCCCGGUCAUCAUCUUCACCACGUUCUGGGGCCUCAUCGGCAUCGCCGGGCCGUGGUUUGUGCCCAAAGGACCCAACCGCGGAGUGAUCAUCACCAUGCUGGUAGCCACUGCUGUCUGCUGUUACCUCUUCUGGCUCAUCGCCAUCCUGGCCCAGCUGAAUCCCCUGUUUGGACCUCAGCUGAAGAAUGAGACCAUCUGGUAUGUGCGCUUCCUGUGGGAGUGACCAGCCAGCUCCUGGCUCCAGGUGUCCUGCUCCGGAUGGCCCUGCCUUGAUGUUCCUGGUGACCCUUCAUCCCCCUUGGUCCCACUCAACAGUCCAGCCCCUCCAUGGUCUCUCCUGCAGGCCCUAUGGGAUUCACACCCCCAGGGCUGGCCCGGUUUCAGCUCACCCUGACUUUCCAGCUGUCGGGGGGCCUCCAUCUUGGAAAGCCCUGCGCUCAGUCAGGCUGUAGUGGGAGCUGGCCUGCCCAUAAAUCUCCAUGCCUGGCAGUCCUGGGCAGAUCCAGACUGAGGUGCUGGUCCUGCUCAGGUCUGUCUUCAUCCAGGGAUCAGAAGCCAGGACUCAGCCCAAUUCCAGAGAGGACGUGCGCCUUCAUGGAGAAGAGGCACAUGGCUCAGAGUUCUCUAAGCCCAGGGCAGCUUCUCAGCUCUGUCUCCACCUUGUGAAAUGCUGGAUCAGGCCACACACAGAGCUGGAAUUAUUCCUUAAUUUUCAUACACUUCUAAAUCUGACAUUUCUGGAAAUGUUGACGUCAUAGAGAAACAGUCACAUCCAAAACUGAUACUGUCCUUUGGGUCAACAUUGAAAGCUCCACGUUUGGCAUCCUUUGUAGCAGUGAAGUCACUCAACAGCAUGGGGGAUGGUGUCCCCAGAAUGCUCUUCCCUUUCUCUCCCUCUACAAAUAAGCUCACCCCCUCCCCAGAGCCUGCCAUUCUGGGCAUGACCAUUCCUUCCAGAGGGCCAUGCUCUGUAUGGGCUAGGGUGGGGCAAGCCCAGAGACCAUCACAGCAGACAUGGGAGCCAGGAUCAGGGGUCGGACAGAGGUGAUGUUUGUAGGGUGCUGCAGGCUCUGUGCUUCCUUGGUUUCUGAGGCUGGCACUAGCCAGUCCUCUGUCCCCCAACUUUGUCUGGCUCUAUGCCAGGGACAGUGAGUGGCAGAGAAAGGCAGGCCAUAAGGGGUCAGCCUAGGGGAACCCAGGGACUCUUUAGCCCAUGCUGCACCUGUCUGAGAGAGUGAAUGGGGACAGCACACUCAUGCCUGCCCUCCCAGAGUUAGUUGGGACAGAGCUCAUGCACUUUCCUUGGUUCCUGGUCAGUGGUUGUCUGUGUUACCUCUCCAGGGGAAGAAAAGCCAGCCUCACUUCUGUAUUGACUAUUAGGCUUUCCUUCCUUGGUAGGGGUCAUUCUCGGAGUAACAGUAGAAUAUACUGCAUCUCAGAUUCCUGGGCUCUGGGCCUGCUGGUUGCUCAGAGCUCAAAUUGGGGCUUCCAUGGGUACCCCAUCCCUUCCCAUCUUGACCUCUGAAGCCUUUAUGUGAAGCAGGGCAUGGUGAGUGUGACUUGUACUGAAAACCCGAUUCCUAAUAAAUAAUGCUGAUGCAAGAUUGUGGAUUGGUAGCCAAA